GCAGACUUUUCGGCUGCUGUGGUGAUAGUUUUUUUUUCUUUCGAAAAGCAGAUUCAACAGAAAAUUCUAGCUGCUCCUGCAGUACGCGAAGCUCUUUUACGGUAUAUUGUGAAGUGAAUCCGUAAAGUUUUCCCGGCGAUUCAACAAGUCCUGCUGGAGUUCGACGGAAUCUAGCUAGAAAUCCACCAGCAAACAAUGGAUGACGGACGGGAAGAGCAUCAAUUCGUCGUGGAUGAUGUGAGCAAAAUUAUCAAGGAGGCCAUCGAAACCACAAUCGGAGGCAACGCGUACCAACAUGACAAGGUGAACAAUUGGACCGGAUCGGUUGUGGAAACCUGCCUUAGUGUGCUGACCAAACUGCAGAAACCCUACAAGUAUAUCGUCACCUGUAUGAUCAUGCAGAAAAACGGAGCCGGACUGCACACGGCAAGCUCAUGUUUCUGGAACAACGAAACGGACGGUUCCUGCACGGUACGCUGGGAGAAUAAAACGAUGUACUGUAUCGUGUCGGUGUUCGGACUGUCUAUCUAAGUUUAGCGCACGUUAUCCAGUGUCACUGCGGAAUGUUUCCUAUACCGGAGGGAUGUGAAAUUGACUAUAUUGACUACACGCUGACAAGCGGAUUCGAAAGCUCCCACGUCCCAUUUGGUACAUUCGCAGAACUAGCUGUUGGUAUGUUUUAACAUCACCAUUAAUAUUUAUAUUCCAAUUUAUAACAUGAUUGAUUCUGAUGCUACACUUUUAGUUAUCGUAAAUUAUUUAAUAUAAUUACCAUUUGUCAUUCGAAGCGAAAAUAUAUGUAUAGUAAAUGGGUUCCUUCCCAUUUUAUAAAUUUACCCAAACCCAUUAUUUGAUUGUUCUACGCAAAAGUAUAUUUUUUAAGCAAAUCAAAACAUGUUACUCCCGUUGUCGCCUUGUUCCGUUUGCUAAAUAAUAAAAUACACAUAAAACUGUAAUAAAUCUCGAAACUCUAGAAAUGUUGUAGAAUCAGAAGACACAACAAAAUUGGGCCUUGGAUAUGAUCGAUCGGUUGAAAUUAAUUACCAAUUAAUUGAUUGCGAGUGAAUAUGAGAGUAAACGAAGAAGAGAAUGAAGGAUCGAUGUGCGCAAAUUUAGGUGUUAGUAUGAAGGGAACUUAUCGCGCCGUUGCGCUUAAGGAAGAAAUAUUUCAGGGCAGCGCGUGGAGAAGUUGUAUGCGUAAAUGUUGGAAUAAAAUCUAGAUUGUAAGAUUUAA